GCGAGAGAGUGGGAGGCAAGGCGAGGGAGGGAGGAGAUCUACCGCCUAUCUGUCUUCGCAUGAAAGCCCGUCGCUGAGCCUUUUCGUCUCCAGCUCCAGUGUGAAGAAUUAGGGUUUCUUCGUUGCCUUCUUUCAUGGCGACCAAGGAGAAGGACGUAAUCCGACUGGAGCGAGAAUCGGUGGUUCCGAUUCUGAAGCCCAGGCUCAUCAUGACGUUGGCUAACCUCUUAGAACGCUCCACCGACCGCGUCGAGUUUUUGAAGCUGUGCAAGAGGAUCGAGUAUACCAUUCGUGCUUGGUACUUUCUGCAGUUCGAGGAUUUGAUGCAAUUGUACUCUCUAUUUGAUCCCGUCCACGGCGCUCAGAAAUUGGAGCAGCAACAUUUGUCUCCCAAAGAGAUUGACGAGCUCGAACAGAAGUUCUUGCAUUACUUGUUUCAGGUAAUGGAAAAAAGCAAUUUCAAGAUAGUUACUGAUGAGGAAAUAGAAGUUGCACGCUCUGGGCAGUAUCUUUUGAAUCUUCCCAUUUCAGUGGACGAGUCAAAGCUAGACAGCAGACUUUUGUCGCGAUAUUUCACUGAGCAUCCUCAUGAUAACCUCCCAGAUUUCUCCAAUAAGUAUGUAAUUUUCCGACGUGGACUUGGGAUUGAUCGCACAAGUGACUACUUCAUUAUGGAGAAGGUGGAUAUGAUCAUUUCACGGAUAUGGGCCUGGUUGCUUUGUGUUACGAGAUUGCAAAGUUUACUAGCUAGAAGGCAAAGCCGAAGAUUGCCAAAAGAUCCAAAGAAAACUGAUGAAAUAGCUUCCCCGGAGGAGAGUGAUGACUUUUUUGUUGAACGAAUUCGAAUUGAGAACCUGGAACUGAGCAUGAAAAAUCUGCUUAGCAAGAUUACAAUUCAAGAACCAACUUUUGACAGGAUGAUCGUAGUGUACAGGCCUGCAAGUAGUAAGGGACAAGAUAACCAUGGAGUUUUUAUCAAGCAUUUUAAGAACAUCCCUUUGGCUGAUAUGGAACUAGUCCUGCCAGAGAAGAAAAAUCCAGGCCUGACACCAAUGGACUGGGUCAAGUUUCUCAUUUCUGCAGUCUUAGGUUUGGUUGCUCUCUUUAGCUCACUCGAAAUGCCUAAAGCGGAUAUAUGGGUUAUAGUUGCUAUUCUUUCUGGGCUUGUUGGUUAUUGUGCCAAGACAUACUUCACGUUUCAACAAAAUCUGGCAGUGUACCAGAACUUAAUCACAAAGUCGAUGUAUGAUAAACAAUUGGAUAGUGGGAAAGGGACUCUUCUUCAUUUGUGUGAUGAUGUUAUACAGCAGGAAGUGAAAGAGGUUAUCAUAGCGUUCUUCAUUUUGAUGGAGCAGGGAAAAGCAACAAAACAGGAUCUUGAUCUGCGGUGUGAAGAACUUAUGGAAUCUGAGUUUGGCCAGAAAUGUAAUUUUGAGGUAGAUGAUGCAGUUCAGAAGCUAGAGAAGCUUGGAAUUAUCGGUCGGGAUUCUAUUGGAAGAAUUUACUGUGUUGGGCUUCAGCGUGCUAAUGAGAUCAUAGGCACCACGACAGAAGAGUUAGUAUUGAAGGCAAAGCAGACCCCCUCCUGAUCGAACUGCAGGUGCAGUCCAAGGAAGUCCAACACUCCGCCUUUCAUAGUGUGGGAGUUCCCCUUUUCCAUUUGUGACUUGUUUGUCUCUGUGCCCUGUUUUCCUGCAAUGCAGGCUGCAGUGUGUGUGCAGUUGUUCCUUGUAUCGACUCCUCCAUGUAACAUGACCUUGGCUGUUGUAUUUGUAAUGCACAAAGUGGUCCAUGUAAGAUUUGCACUUUCA